UCAUAACGCCAAACAGAAGUACAGAAGAGAAAGAUUAUGAUAGAAACAGCCCGGACGGCGAGUAAUGAAAGUAGCCCACCUUCAGUUUCAUAGCGAGUUUUUAUGUUACGAGUCCGCAUUUGAAGACAUCCUUUAUCUGAAGAGAACAUAGCAACGCCUUUCUCUGGGAAGAAGUGAAUAUGACUUGUACGGAGAAAGUAUAUGUUAUAAACUGUGCGUUUAGUUAGCUCGCUGCUAUCCAGAUCCCGAAGAAACCAGCAAUGACUGUCAACGCUUUCUAUGGAUACACAUCUAUUAAUGAGGGAUUUUAGGGAGCUGCCAAGCACAGGUUCAUCUACGAAGAGUUUCAGUCCUCCUACCAGCUGUCAUGGACAACGUGAAAUCACGCAGCAAUGAUGAGGAUGAAGAGCUGCAGUCCACAGAUCCAGAGAGUAAAGAGAAGAGCAAAGAUAAAAAGACACUGUGCAAAGUAAAGUGGUCACGAGAUGAGGAUGAAAAGCUGAAAAAGCUUGUUGAGCAGCACGGAACAGACUCCUGGAAAUUAAUAGCUACCCUUUUUCCAGGGAGGACAGAUGGCCAGUGUCAGCACCGCUGGCAGAAGGUGCUCAACCCAGAGCUAGUGAAAGGACCAUGGACAAAGGAGGAGGAUCAAAAGGUUAUUGACCUCGUACAUAAAUAUGGUCCCAAGCGCUGGUCAGUGAUUGCAAAGCACCUCCAGGGAAGAAUCGGAAAGCAGUGCCGUGAACGCUGGCACAACCACCUCAACCCAGAAGUUAAGAAGUCUUCAUGGACUCAGGAAGAGGAUCGAAUCAUCUAUGAAGCCCACAAACGCCUUGGCAACCGCUGGGCUGAGAUCUCUAAGCUUCUUCCUGGACGAACGGACAACUCCAUCAAGAACCACUGGAAUUCCACCAUGAAGAGAAAAGUGGAGCAUGAGGGGUACCUGCAAGAUGGCUGCAAGACUUCCUCUGCUAAUGGGAAGAGACGCCACAACAGGCAGUGUCCUGCAACUCCAACAGAGGCCCAGCACUGUGACCGAAGCCCUGUGGCUAUGACAGCAUCAAACCAGAUGGGUGGUUUUCCAUUUGAGCCUCAUGGUGGACACAUGAUGGACAGUCUUCCUGAAAAUUCAAGCUUCAUAUCACCAUCCUGCCUGGAUGAUCCUGACAGAGAGCAAAGAAUUAAGGAGCUUGAACUGCUGCUUAUGUCAGCAGAGAGUGAAGUCCACCAACAAGUGCAGUGCAGAGGUUCAUGUAGUUUGGAGCAGUACCCAGCAUGGCCAGACAGUGUGUCAGAUGACACGCUAACCACAAGUAGCAGUAGCCUGGAAGAACAAGCAGAGAGAAGACCCUGGAAGGGCCCUGAGAUCCCGCAGGGAGCUCCAGCACCAGUUCCUGUCUCGCCCAGCAAGUUCCUGGCUGUAGAGGCCAGCACUGUGCUGUCCACCCUGCAGACCAUACCAGAGUUUGCAGAGACCAUGGAGCUCAUUGAUUCAAUGUGUUUUGCUCUGCAGGAUCCUGUCGCAUGGAACGAAGUGGCCAGUUUUGAUUUGUCAGACACGGCGACGCCGUCCAGGCACAACCAGGCAGGCUUUAGCACUAUCUUGCAAGAGAGCACCAUUUACAAUUCAGUGAAUUACCCGGUCAACGCUGCCACUACCGACUUAGGCCAAGACAGGAACUGUGCUCCAUUUGGUGUGGGAGGUCUUACAACCCUGACUCCCAUUAACUCAUCCAAACCCACCCAGGCUUCCACUGGGAGGAAGAGGAGAAGAGAGAGUGGGGAACCAUCUCCUUUGUGUGACAAGACUUGCUCUUCCUUCUUGGAAAAUAUUUCAAAUUCUCCCAAGAAAACACCUAUAAAGACACUGCCAUUUACCCCGUCACGAUUCUGCAACAUAUCAGUGCCAGAGCAUCUCAAUCUGGAAAACCCCGCCCUCACCUCAACUCCUGUGUGCGGUCAGAGGUGUCUGCUCAACACACCCCUUCAAAAAGAUACCACACCUAAGCACCAGAAAGAGAAUGAUGGUUCCAGGACUCCUAAAUUCUGCAAAACAGUCAUGACUCCAACUCCGAGGACACCCACUCCUUUCAAAAAUGCUUUGGCUGCCCAGGAGAAAAUGCACGGGCCCCUAAAGAGAGAGCCACAGCCUUUGGCCUUUCUCGAAGAAGACAUUCGAGAAGUUCUAAAGCAAGAGACCGGAACAGACAUCUUCAACAGAGCAGACUUACCGCCAGAUUACAGAGUGUGGAAAUAUAAUAUGGAUGGCCCAGCUAGAAAAGUGCGCAAGUCUCUUGUCCUGGACCCUUGGGGCAAAGAAAGCAUUAAUACUCAACUUUUCCAAGACCAGCUCGGCGAUGCACAGGUGUCAGAUGAAGGUCUACUGACAAGCUCUUCAUUGGUUUCUCCGAUCUCCGAGAGAGACGAGUGUGGCCAUUCUGUGACUUCAGGGAAAGAAGAGCCCUCAUUAGGAGUCACCGUUCAUACUCAACACUUUACUAGCCCUCGGAUGAAGAAGCUUCCGACUUCUAACAAAGCAACGAAACUCAACACUGCACAGGUGAGUGAGUGGGAAGCAGUGGUUUAUGGAAAGACGCAGGACCAACUGAUCAUGACAGAACAGGCUCGUCAGUACCUGAAUCCCUACCCACCGUCCACCUCUGUCUCAAGGGCGCUUGUGCUUUAAAGCCGUCCCCCUGACUACGCAGGCAGCACUACAUCUGUCCGACAACUAAAACCUCCACUGAAUCUUGUAAGAGACAAUCCAGUGAAGACAAAUUGUUUUAUUUUUCUUCUGAAGCAGAAAUGCACUGCCAGUGACGUCCAUACAGAGGUUUUGUUCUCAACACAUUUUGAGGUAACUGCCCAAAGUGUUCUCUGUUUGGCCUGCAUUUGAUUUUAAACACAGUCAUGAGCAGUUUUGUACACAUACAAAAAGGCUUUUUCUUUUAAUCAACCUGCACAUAGAGUAGGCUGCAGAAAUAGUGUGUAUCACCAGCAGCGGCUGCUUCUGAGUUGUAUAUUAUUAAUAUAUUGUUUAAAGACAUUAUAAGAUGUAGCGCUACUCAUUGUUUAUCUCCUCCUGCCUGUUUUUACUAAACUGCCCCACUGCUGUUAGCAGAUAAAAAAAAACACGUAUGUGCAGCAUUUGUAGCUUUUUACUGACACCCGUGAACAAUGAAAUCACACCAUGGGUUGUAAACUGACGCAGUACAGGCUUCAUUCCCUGGCCACUUUAUUGGGUACACCUUCUCGACCACUCAUUAAUGCAAUGGCAUAUCACAUGGUCAAGAUGGUCAUAUGAUAUGAAGUUUAGACCGAGCAUCAGAGUGAGGAAGAAAGAUGAUUUAAGUGACUGAACACGGCAUGGUUGUUGGUGCCAGAUGGGCUGGCCUGAGUGUUUCAGAAAUUGCUGAUCUGCUGGGAUUUUCCAUCACUACCAUCUCUAGGUUUUACAGAUAAUGUUCAAAAUGGGUAAAAAUGCCAGACUGAAGGCAAAAGUAACUCAAAUAACCAAGGUAUGCAGAAGAGCACCUCUGAUGUAGCUGAGGGGCUACAGCAGCAGAAGACCAUACCAGAUACCCCUUCUGUCAGCUAAUAACAGGAAACUGAGGCUUUAAUUCACACGGGCUCCCCCGAACUGUACAAAAACAGAUUGGAAAAAUCUUGCCUGGUCUGACGAGUCUUAAAAUUCAGAUGGUAGGGUCAGAAUUUGGAGUAAACAACAUAAAAUCAUGCAUCCAUCCUGCCUUCCUGUACUCAAAUGGGAUCCACAGACAACAGACCCCAUCAGAUCCAGUCACCUUUGGGAUGUAGUGGAAAAUCUGCAGCAACUGUGUGAUGCCAUCAAGGAUCAAAAUCUCUCAGGAAAGUUUCCAGCACCUCACUGAAUCUGCGCCAUGAAGAAUUAAGACAGUUGUGAAGCCAAAAGAGGGUCUAAUCCCAUAUUAGGAAGGUGUACCUAACAAAGUGGCUGGUGAGUGUGUAAUGUUACUAUUGAUUUUUAAAUGAGAAAAAAAUGCACCUACAUGUUUUUUGUGACAGCAGUGUUAUGUUAAGGAGGAAUGCCAGUCCGACUCCAUGUGAAGUUUUUAGGAUGGAAAUAGGAAGCUGUCAGUAUUGCACUAUUGAGUUGACAUUGCUGCUGAGAAAGGAGCAGUAUUUUCGAGGGCAAACUGGAUAGCACUUGUGAUGGUAUUUUUUUAUUAUUAUUUUAUUCCUUUUAUAACACAGCGUUUCCUUUCCAAGGCCAUAGAGUCGGUGGAGACAUCGGUUGAAUGUAUUUCAUUGCAAUGUACAUGUGAAAGAACCUCAAAAAUGGAAGGGUACCUUAAUGUUUAUUUUUGUUUGUUUUAUUUAUUAUCUGACAGCUCUAAGGCUUAGAUAUUAAUAUAAAUCGGACACCAUGAGUUUCGAAGAUGUUUAACUUUGCUGCCAAAACAGCCUAAAAACUCUCACUUGCUCUAAAGCAGUUCUCUUUUAGGGAAUGAAUGGCCGCCAUUGUUUUGGUCAGACGUUCGUAUCAUUAGUGCUCAGCAACAAGCAUUUUGUUGGAGAAGGAUUUAGGUUUUAUGUGAGGGCUGUAGGUUAUAUUUAUUUAAUGUCUACUAAUUUAUUUAUUUCUAAAAGAAAACAUUUAAGAGAAAUUAUUGAGAAAUUAUAUUGUCUUUUUUUUUCUUUCAAAAUUAGGAUUGGGCAACCAUUCAGUUUUCAUUUCUCAAAGUUUAAUGUUAAUUUCUUCUCCUGAUUAGGCGAGAGCUAGCAAAUAACCUUUGCAUAGUUGUAUGUGUGAUUUUGUAAAAUAUAGAUAGGAUGUAUGUAGGUAGCGGGACUCCAUUUCUGACCUCUAAUCAUAGACUAAUUGCACUUUUUUUCCUCUUUGUUUAAAUGUAAAUGUUCAUUCUCAUAAUGUAGCUCCUGUUCUUACCUUUUUUCGUGUGUGUAUGUGUUAGAUGGGUGUUUCCUCAUGUUUGAAGUGAUUGCUGAUGUUAAGAUCAUGCUGCUUUAUUUACACAUGUUCUUUUCUCCUGUUUUGCUGCAAAAGGUGUAUUUAAAAUGCACUACGUAAAAACCUUGUAUUUUUAGACAGAUGGCUUUGAGCUAAAACACAAAAUACAUAUUGGUCAAUACAUGUGUUAUUACAACUCCUAAAAUGCUGGGCUGCUGUGCAGAAUGCGAUAUGUUGCUAAAACCCUAUAUUUAAUUGAAAAUAGUGCAAAGAUGUCAUUGGAUGUUAUGUUUUGAUACUGAUGCCAGUAAUAUGUUUCAAAUAAGGUGAAAACAAGCGCUUGUUUACCACUGAUUACUGCUUUUUUUAACACUAUGAGGAAGGCAGUUGCACUAGUCUGAAAGCAAAAUGUUUUCCCAUUUUUAGAUUUCAGUGGUCACCAGCUCCUAGUCUUCUUUGUCAAAUUUUUAAUUUCUUUAUGACAUGUCCGAACGCUGGGCAGGACAGUUUAGCACCUGCUUUCUUCACCUCUUUCUUUUGAGCAAUAUCACCGAGCAUUAAAGCCCAAAUUAGCCGUGCAGUGUGCACUAAUGCAACCUCAUAUCAUCUGGCUUUUUGAGCUGGACACUCAUAACAAGUUGAUUGAUCCGUCUCCCUUUUUUAGCCCAGACAACACAUUGUCCACGAUGUCAGAGAUGAAUUACAGAUUUUGAUUGGUCUGACCACAGGACAGUUUUUCCCUCCACCUCAGUCCGUUUUAAAUGAGCUUGGCCCUGGCAGCUGUAUUUCUGGAUAUUGUUAGAUUAAUUUUUUUUCUAUUCUUACUUUGAAUGGCAUUUUUUAUUACAUACACUGAGCAACUGCAACAAGCCGUUCACUGAAAAUGGUUGUCAGAUGUUUCAUUUUAGUUUGAGUGUCAGCUUCACUGAUGUCUUCUGGAGACAUCACAUGUAUUACUGAACUAUUAGCCCACACAGUCUCACUAAAUGAUGGAUACUUCCCUAAUUUGCCUUGGUCACUAUAGUCACUACAAUGAGCCUAAUUGGGUUAUUUCUAAUGUAGUAUUAGUAUUUAAACUGGUUUGAAACGCCUUGUUGACAUCAAGUUCAAAAUAAGCGCAAAUCUUUCUAUUUUAAUUUUUUUGUCAUGUCAUCUUUGUGACAUUUUAAACUAAAUAUAGGGCCUAAAAUGUUUGCAAAUCAUUGCAUUCUGUUUUUAUUAAAAUCUGUACAAGAUCCAGAUGUGAUCUCUGCUGCAGCCAUUGUCUCCUUGUAUCCUGCUGAACUACCCUUGAGCGAGAUGUCACAUGUUUCUCUGCUCACUCAUUUCACCUUCUAGACAAGAACAAAUGCACUCUCGAACCAUCCUUCAACAAACUCUCUAUAAUCUGGUGAAGUAACACUAUAGCUACAUGUAUUUUUUUUCUUCUAUCAUCUACUUUAGUGGAUCCAGUAAUGGCUAUAAUCUGGAUUAUCCUGCAUUAAGUAUUUGAGUGAGAAUAAGAAGGGAAUCUUGUCAGGGAAAUCAGGUGGAAAGAUCAGAAGAAUAUGGUACACAACGCUAAAAAACAGACUAAACAACUUUGUAAGAUGUUUACUGUAUAUUUGGAUCUGGUGGCUGAGAUCUGUCUAAUCUGUAUAUAUUUGUGUCGUAUUUUCUGUGUGUUGGUUUGUACAUUCCAUUUGUUAAAACCAAGAUAAUCUGUUUGUGUGUUAACGACACAUGGUAACAUCAUAGGUUGCAAGGGAAUUAAGUACAUAUAAGUACAGGAUAGUAGCAGCUGUCAUAUACUAUUGUAGUUAUGCAUGAGCAGUACACAAGAUGCUGGACUUUGCUUUCAUUUACAGGAGAAUCACACAUGUAACACCUGAGUUAUACUAUAUAGCAUUUUCAGUUGAAACCAUAACCGAGGUACCAUAGAAAUCCUGCCAGCUGUCUUUGUAACCAUGUACUUAAUUUGGCUAAAUAAAUG